AUGGCUAAAGAAACAGUCAAAACCGUUUCAGAAGAAGAUCUUCAGCUUAAAGAUGAAUUAGAAUUGCUGAUUGAAAGAUUGAAGGAGGAAAAUGUCGAUCUUCAUAGACCGGUUUUGGAGAGCCUUCGUGUUCACAUUCGAACAUCUACUAGUUCUAUGACCUCCGUUCCAAAACCAUUAAAGUUCUUGAGACCUCAUUAUGCAACCAUAACUGAGAUUUACCUAAGUUGGCCAGAAAGUGAUAAUAAACAUUUUUUGGCUGACAUUUUGUCUGUAUUGGCAAUGACUUAUGACGAAGGAAAAAGAGAUUCCUUGAAAUAUAGAUUAGAAGGAUCACGUGAAGAACCUGGUUCUUGGGGACAUGAAUACGUACGGCACUUGUCAACUGAGAUUGGACAAGAAUUUUUAUAUCGUCAAGAAAGUGAUAAACCCACCGAAGAUCUCAUGAACCUUGCAUUAGAAAUUGUUCCUUUCCUCUUAAAGCAUAACGCCGAAGCUGAUGCUGUUGAUUUAUUUUUAGAACUGGAGGCAAUUGACAAAUUACCACAAUUUGUAGAUAAAGAUACUUAUCCACGAGUGUGUCGGUACAUGGUUAGCUGUGUAAAUUUGUUAGUCUUUCCUGAUGAUGUUUCUGUUCUAAAAACAGCCCAUCAAAUAUAUUGUCAACACAACAAAUUUACCGAAGCAGUAUCCCUUGCUAUUCGACUAGGAAAUGAAGAUUUAAUAAAAGAAAAUUUUGAAGCAGCUGGAAAUUUUGACCCCCUUUUGCAAAAACAAAUAGCUUUUCAAUUAGCAAGACAACAUAUAACUUUGCCAGUUGAUAAUGAAGAACUUCUUGAAAUAAUUAAUAAUACUCAUUUAUCAAAACAUUUCAUUGCUUUAGCGGAGGAAUUGGAUGUAAUGGAACCAAAGACUCCAGAGGAUAUAUAUAAAAGUCAUUUAGAAAAUAUUCGUCCUGGUUACACAAGUGGAAAUGUUGAUUCUGCAAGACAAAAUUUAGCUUCAACAUUUGUAAAUGCAUUUGUAAAUGCAGGGUUUUGUACCGACAAAUUAGUAUCCAUAGAAGAUGGAAAUGCGUGGCUUUUCAAAAAUAAAGAACAAGGAAUGUUAAGUGCUGCUGCCUCGAUUGGUUUGGUUACAUUAUGGGAUGUAGACGCUGGGUUAGUAUGUAUUGAUAAAUAUUUAUAUUCUAAAGAAGACUAUAUUAAGGCAGGUGCUCUUCUUGCAAUAGGAUUAUUUAAUACAGGAGUACGUAAUGAAAAUGAUCCUGCAUUUGCAUUACUUUCUGAACACAUCGAGUCUUCAAAUCUAAACAUGAGAAUAUGUGCCAUUGUUGGUCUUGGAAUGGCGUACGCCGGCUCACAUCGGGAAGAUAUUCAAGAUAUUUUAUUACCUUUAGUUAGUGACACUAAUCUAAGCAUGGAAAUAGCAUCAGUGGCAGCUUUGUCUCUAGGGUUGAUAUUUGUUGGAAAUUGUAAUGGUGAUAUUACAAGCACAAUAUUGCAAACUAUGAUGGAACGAGAAGAUUCUCAAUUGAAAGAAAUAUGGGGCAGGUUUAUGGGACUUGGUUUAGCUCUUUUAUAUCUUGGAAAACAAGAUGCAGCAGAAGUAACAUUAGAAACUUUAAAGGCAAUCGAACAUCCUAUCAGUAAACAAGUGGAAGUUCUUGUAGAAAUUUGCUCAUAUGCAGGAACUGGAAAUGUACUUAAAGUGCAAAAUAUGAUGCAUAUUUGCGAUGAUCAUUUAGAUAAAGAGAAAGAUGAGGAUUUACAUCAAGCAUUUGCAGUUUUAGGUGUAGCUUUGAUUGCCAUGGGUGAAGAUAUUGGCGCAGAGAUGGCAUUAAGAAUGUUCAACCAUCUGAUGCAUUAUGGAGAGCCAGUAAUUCGUCGCACGGUUCCCCUUGCCUUGGGUUUACUUUGUGCCUCAAAUCCUCUUCUAAAUGUCCUAGAGACAUUAAGUAAAUAUUCACAUGACAAUGAUGCAGAUGUUGCCAUAAAUGCAAUAUUUGCUAUGGGACUUGUUGGAGCUGGAACAAAUAAUGCACGAUUAGCACAAAUGUUGAGGCAACUCGCAUCUUAUUAUCAUAAAGAUGCUAAUUGUUUAUUUAUGGUCAGAAUAGCACAGGGUCUAUUACAUAUGGGUAAAGGAACCAUAUCAAUAAACUCGUUUCACUCUGACAGACAAUUAUUGUCACCUGUAGCAAUAGCCGGAGUUUUAAUAACUUUAAUUGCUUUUACAGACACUAAAACGCUCAUACUGGGCAAAUAUCAUUGGUUUUUGUAUUAUUUGGCAACAGCAAUGUAUCCUAGAUUCUUAAUUACACUUGAUGAAAAUUUAAAUAGCUUACCUGUCACAGUUCGUGUAGGACAGGCAGUUGAUGUUGUGGGACAGGCCGGUAGACCCAAAACGAUUACGGGCUUUCAAACACAUUCAACACCAGUGUUAUUGGCACAUUCCGAACGUGCAGAACUAGCAACAGAAGAAUAUAUAUCAUUAUCUCAUAUUCUUGAAGGUUUUGUUUUGCUUUGCAAAAAUCCAGAUUUUAUGGAAGAAGAUAAAGAAUAA